UCCCGCGGGGGAGCGGAGUCUGGGAGCCGGCGCCGCUGGAGACAGAGGGACCUGGGGAGUGUCUUGCGCUGCAGCUGUCGCCGCCACCCCAGCGCGGAGGUCGCGAUGUCGGGACUCUCCCGCCUGCUCUGGGCCGCCGCCUGCCUGGCCGCGCUCUGUGUGCUGACCGCGGCUCAGUCCACCACCCUGGCCCCGAACGUGACUUCAGUGCCCCCCAACCAGACAGUCACGACGCCGCUGACCGUCGCGCCGCUCACCACUCACGUACCAGAAAUCUGUGGUAACCACAACAGCUGUGCUUCCUGUGUUAAUGCUAGCAGUGAUACUGCUAACACUACCUGCUUUUGGAUGGAAUGUAAAGAAGCAGGUAAAAGCUUCUGCUCACAUAAUUCAACAGUUACUGGUUGCGAGGUGGUGAAUAGUACAGAUUUCUGUUCUGUGCCCACCGCCUCUCCGUUGCCAACCAAUUCUACAGCUAAAACCACAACUAUGCCUUCCUCUUCUACAACUGCUACGCCAGGUUCAACUAACACAACUUUAAGUCCAACUUCACAACCUACGCGAAAGUCUACCUUUGAUGCAGCCAGUUUCAUUGGAGGAAUUGUCCUUGUCUUAGGUGUGCAGGCUGUAAUUUUCUUUCUCUAUAAAUUCUGCAAAUCAAAAGAACGAAACUACCACACUCUGUAAACAGACCCAUUAGAUUAACAAGGACUGGCGUGUAACUCAAUGAAACCAAAAUAUUAUCUUUCAAGAUGUCCCACAUGGAAGACGCUAUUCCAGGAUCUUUAAAUUUUCAAAGGAUGCAUAUAGGAUAUUUUGGAGCAUCGUGCUUGAAGAAAAAUCAGUUAAAUCAUUUUGCUCAACAGGAAUAUUUAAAAUAUUCUGCAUGAAUCCUUGUGGCUGUCUUCUUUUAUUUUAAAUGGCUGCUGCUGUGGGAUUAUGUUCUCUUUUCUUGACAUGCCAAAUGUAACUCUGUAAGUGAUGGAAAGCAUUGUCCUGCGCAGACAACCUCAUGACUCUUGGCAGUGAAAUUUAGUCAUUUUUAAGCCUGAAAGCUGCAUUGUCUUUUCCUAACUCAGGAUGUAGUUUAGUGACCAGAAUUGAGAAGAAUGUGCCAAAUGAGCAUCAAUCAGGUGGCGUUUUGGCUAUCAUUUUAAAAAUGGAAUAAAUUUAAAGUUUAAUAUCCAUAUAGAAAACUAUCCUUAGCGUAAAAUUUUGUGCUUGAUCAGUUAUUUUUUCUACAUUAGAAAUAAGAUGCCACACAGGGAUUUACAUUCCAGAUUUAAACGAAUGGAAAGGAUACAAACCAUUUAAGUAUAGCAGGUUAUUGUUAAUACUUGUAAAGCACCUUAUAUUAUUGAGAAAAUGAAGAACAGUGCCUUAAAAGACAGACUGAAAGGUAGACUGUAACUUAAAAUGUUUGUGAUUUGUUCCCAUUAAGGAAGGUAAAAGGUUGAUCUGAGGAUGUAACUGUUGAUGUAAGCAGUAGUAAACUGCUUUUAGAUACCAUACUGCUAAUAUUUGAAAACUUAGCCUACUUUAGUUUAGACCUGAGUAAAUUAAGCUGAAGAAGGUUAUACAAAGUUGAAAGUCUUAUAGUGAACCUCCCAACGUAUUUCUUUGUGGCUGUUAAAAAUAUAAUAGAGCCUAAAAUUGAUAUAUUUUUCUUUGUACUUCAAAAAAGUAUUCUAACACUGUUGUAUCACAAAAGGAUUUUCACCAAGCCAUCUUGAAACAUUAAUUUCUUUCAUGAGGCAAGAAGGAAAUAAUCAGUUAUUUUAGAAUCAUUUAUUAAUUCUUUAAAUGAGACAAUCAUUUUAAGUUUGUUUGUUUGUUUGUUUUCAUUUUAAGUUUUGAGACAGCAAAUGUGACCAGUGUAAUUUCAGAAACUCUUAAGGAUUUUUGGUUGAUCAGGUUACUGUAGAUUUUUAAUGAUUGCCCUGGAUAAACAGAUUGAGCUUUCUUUUUUCCUUCCUCCUCCUCUCCCAUACUUCUCGGUUUCAGUUCCUAUAGUAUAGUAAGCAUGCAUACUUUUAUUUUUUUUCGUUUUCUUAGGAAGCACUAGGUUUUUGUUUGUUUGUUUUAGGGGGAUACGUCUUCCUCCUGCCUUUGACACAUUGGAUUAGUUCAGAGGCUUAACUUAGGUUAAAAUGAGCUUUUGCUUUUUUAGGUCAUUAAAGUUGUUUUAGUUUCUUUAGCCUAUAGUGGCUGAGUUUAGCCCUUGGUUUUCAAUAUUUUAUGGUAGGAAAUGACAAGUUGCUUAGGACCAUUUCAUAAGCCAAAAUUCCUUACAUUUAAAUAGUUAUGUUAAAGGUUCUUAAUGAAGAUCUACUUAUUUCUUAGUUACUGGUACAGCUAAAGUUUGUUUUACUUGCACAUUUGUACGUACACCUAAUGUUUUCAAGUGCCUUAAUUGUUUAAAAUCUCUGGCUUCAAAGGUUUUUGGGAAAAGGUAGGUUUACCUCACAUUUUUGUUUUCAUUAGUAAUAUUCUAGGUACCUCACAAAAAUUGUAUUAUGGUGCCAUGGCUGUUAGUUUUUAGUGAGUACUGUAAGAUGCAAAAUUUAUUUGAAAGUAUGCAGAAUUUCCAUUCUUCCCAAAGUGGCAAAAAUUGGCUAGAGAUAUUAACCUAGAUAUGAAUACCUUGGCACACAUUAAUGUCAACACGUACAGCAAUUUUUGUGAAAUAGGCUUUUGAAGACUGCUCUCACAACAAAAUCGUAUCACUUGAAACUAGAUUUUGCAAGAAGAGCUCUUAAAACAGAACUCACAGCCUUUUCCCCUCCUUUCUUUAGCAAUUUAGUUUCUGGAGUCAUAAAUAAUUUUUGGGUUUUUUUAAUCCAGAAGGUAUAUAGAAACCUUUUCAGAUUUUUCAUCUGAUUAUUUCAUGCAGGUGUAGUUCUAUCAAAAUACCUUAUUUUAUCUUAAAAUAUUUGUUGUACAGGCAGACACUGCUGUAUUUAGAAAUUUCUAUUUUAGUUCAUGAAAAACUACAAAACCAAUCUGUAUCAUGUACCAAACUGAUUGAAAAUAAAUUUACAUGUUUAUUGAA